AUGCCGCCUAUAAACGCUCCGACCAGCACCCAACUCACGUUUCGGAAUGACGUCCCGAACCUGCCCGUUGAACAGCCCCAAAUCUCAGAGAUCGAUAAACUGAAACAAGCUAAUCUCAAAUUGAAAACGGAAAACAGAUGGCUUCGAGUAGCAAUCAGGGAAUUGGGUAUAGCCAAUGAGAUAGCUGGAGCAGAGAAAAGGUUGACUAAAAUCAGGACCGGCAUAUUUGAGAAAAUCGACGCCGAAUCAAAUAUAGUUUACAGCGACGCUCAGCUUAAAGCUAGAGAGACUUGGGCACCUCUCAUUCGCGAUAUCAUUCAAAAGAGACAAACUUUCGAUACAACACGCUUAUGGAAAGAUCGCGAGGAUUACGAAUCGGCAGUUGCAUCAUGGCAGAUGACGCACACUAGACGGGAUGACCUUGAGAUAAUUAUUAGCAACAAGGGGCUCGAAGAUCAAUUUAUGAAGCUCGAUAAAACAAUCAGACGCUUAGCAAAAAGCAGCACUGAAAUCAGUUCUGAGCAUUCCGAGAUUUCGGCUGAGAACACAAAGCUAAAAAAAAAGUUGAAGGUGCAAGCUAGCGUUCUUUCUAGCGUUCAGGAGAGAGAGAAAACCCAAGUGAUUUCGAUUCUUGAAAUGAAAAGUAAGCAUGAGAAAGAGAUGAAGGAACAAAAUAAAGUUAUCGCAAGCUUGAAGGAAAAGGAGAAAUUAUCAGUGGCCGAGAAAACUAGGAAGUAUGAGGCAAAGUUGAACGAACUGAAAGUUAUUGUCGCCGAUAUCGAACAGAAAGCCAAGAACUCGGUAGCUGCAGUCAAAAACACCUAUGAAAUGAAGUUGACAGAACAGAGCAUGGUUAUUGCCAACCUUGAAGAGAACAAAAAAUCUUUGGCAGCCGAGAAGAAGAUAGAAUAUGAGCAGAAGCUAAAGGAACAAGAAAGCAUAAUCGCCAAACUCGAAGAAGAAAAGUUAGCUUCAGCCGCUGAGAUGCAGAGAGUCGGUCAGGAACUAGCUGCCCAUCGUGAAGUUUCUGUCAGCAUCUUGAACCGAAAGAGAGAGCUGACGAAGCCACAUGAGAUUCGGGACGACUACAUUAUUGAGACAGGAAAUAUCUCAGCACAUGGUGGAACUUCUCUGGCCGACGUUUUUCGAAUCAAAUCCAAUCCUGAUAUCAACGAGCAAGCAUGGUUCCAAGAGAUAUAUGGUGUAUCUAUAGACACGGUGGAGAGAUAUGGAAAAAGCGCAGCGUUUGUGAAGCUUAUAAACAUGCGUUAUGAAUUGUACAGAUGCGGCGCAGAAAACCGGGCUGUUGAUACAGAAUUUGAAGAGGGAUUUCAGAAACUACUCGCUGGAAGCCUGGAAAAACAUUCAAAAGUAACACCGGAGUCGAUUGAUAGGUUUCUGUUAGAAAGUAAGAGCGGAAGAGAAAUGUUCCAGAAACUAUGUAGUAUCUGGGAUAUUGCAAGAGUCUGCCAAAGAAAGCAGUUCCGAGAGAGUAGAGAUCCGAAAAAGAAAUCUAUCUUCGGAGGAAGCUUCAGAAGCGUGAAAUCUAAUGCCUCGGUUUGGACGGCAGAGACUCAGAGAAGAAGCAAACUCGACCAAAUCGAGGAAUAUGGCAAAGAAUUCUUCUCCUCUGCGAAAGAUGCUUUACCCUGGACUAAGCAUUAA